AUGGCCUCAAGCAAUAUGUACAGUCUGGAACCCAUCCCCGGCGCCGGGCUCGGCAUGGUCGCCACAGUCUUCAUCCCCCGCGGUACCCAGAUCCUCGCUGAGCCACCGCUCUUCACCCUCUCCGCCGACUUCUCCAACCCCACACAGCUCACCGCCGCCAUCGAGGCAAAGGUACGCGCCCUCUCCUCCGAUACCCAGAGAACGGCCUUCUUCGCCCUCCACAAUAACUACGCCACUGACCGCGCCAUCUCCGCCGCCGCCGGCAUCGUCAAGACCAACGCCCACCCCCUCGGCGUCGGUGCCCGCGAGUGCGGCCUCUUCCCGGAAUGCUCGCGCUUCAACCACAGCUGCGCCUCAAACUCGAGCUACACGUGGAUCGCCGCCACCGGGAAGGAGACCAUCUUUGCCGGCAAGGACAUCCCCGCGGGCCAACAGAUCACCGUCAACUACCUCGACGAGCACAGCCUCCUCCAGAAGCGGAGUGACCGGCGCGCGGCGAUACUCGCCCUCUUCCGCUUCGGGUGCGGCUGCGACGUGUGCGCCGGGACGCCCGCGGAGGUCGCCGCGAGUGAUGCCCGGCGCGUGGAGAUUGCGCGGCUGGAUCGGCUGAUUGGCGGCGGCGGGAUGCUGGUCAUGGUCAGUCCGGCGAGGUGUCUGGACAGCUGCAAGCAGAUCCUGCAGCUGUACAUGGACGAGGGAAUGAAUGAUGAUGCGCUGUUCAAGACGUACAACGAUGCCUUUCAGAUCUGCGUGAUGCAUGGGGACCUGGCGAGGGCGAGCGCGUUUGCGGCAUUGGCGGUGACGUGCACGGGGGCGGGGGGGCCGUCGUUGGAGAGUGUGCGGCCGUAUGUGGAGCAUCCGGAGAGACAUGCGUAUGCGGGCAUGUCGCAGAAGUGGAGGACGGAGCGGAGGAAGUUUAGAGGCCUGGAUCAGAAUGGGUUUGAGAAGUGGUUGUGGAAGAGGGCAGACUGGUGA